GUGAAGAUUGAAGAACUAUUAUCAGUUUUAUCACAAGGGAAAUUCGAAGGGAUGGGGGAAUUAUUUCUUUAAAUAACACCUGGGUGUGCACGAGUCAUUCUCCGACGAUCCAUUUCCCCACUCUUUGAGCCACUCUCAUCCCUCCGAGUCUCACAGACAAUUUUAAAAACAGAAGAAAGAAUGCGGCUUUCAUCGUUGUCUCAAGAACCCACUAAACCGGCGGGCUAUGUGUCCAAUCUCGGCUCCUUUCUGUUUGAUUACUCACAAAAGUCCAUCAGCCGAAAUCUCACGUCUUGUAAUGUUUUGUCCAACCACUUGUACUUUAGUGAUUUGCGGAGACAAAGCUACACCAGCAAGCAUAAACACCGGGUAUUGUGUUCGAGUACAAAGGGAAGUGCUUCUGCUAGGCUUGGCAAGGCGUUAAAUCUGUUUAACAGAGCUGUUAGGCUCCAUUGUGAGCAAAUCCCACUUGGGUUUGCUUCAAUCCAGGAAUGCUCUGUUGAGUGUAAUGGGUUAGCCGGGGAUGGGAAUGGAGUGUUGGAGAAUGAAGGGAUCUCAACCAGUGGGGUUCAAGACGAUGGUCCUAAGAAGGUGCUGAUUUUAAUGAGUGAUACGGGAGGGGGCCACCGUGCCUCAGCGGAGGCCAUUAAGGCGGCCUUUAAUCAAGAGUUUGGUGAAAAGUAUCAGGUAAUUGUAUGUGAUCUGUGGACAGAACAUACUCCAUGGCCAUUUAACCAAUUGCCCAAAAGUUAUAGUUUCUUGGUUAAACACUCUUCUUUGUGGAAAAUGACUUAUUAUGCUUCUAGUCCUCGUUUUAUUCACCAACCCAAUUUCGCUGCAACUUCAGCUUUAAUUGCAAGGGAAAUUGCUAAAGGUCUUAUGAAAUACAAACCUGAUAUUAUCGUAAGUGUGCAUCCUCUUAUGCAACAUGUGCCGCUUCGUGUUUUGAGGUCGAAAGGUCUCUUGAACAAGAUUGUGUUUACUACAGUUGUGACGGAUUUAUGCACUUGCCAUCCAACAUGGUUUCACAAGCUUGUAACAAGGUGCUAUGCACCUUCUGAUGAGGUAGCACACCGAGCUAUUAAAGCAGGUCUUCGAUUUUCUCAAAUUAAAAUCUUUGGCCUUCCAGUGCGACCAUCCUUUCUCAAACCUGUUCGGCCUAAGGCUGAACUAAGGGAUGAGCUUGGUUUGGAUGUAGAGCUUCCUGCAGUACUUCUAAUAGGUGGUGGUGAAGGAAUGGGUCCAAUUGAAGCUACUGCUCGUGCACUUGGAGAUGCGCUAUAUGAUGAUAAGCUUGGGGAACCAACAGGUCAGGUCCUCAUAGUAUGUGGGCGUAAUAAGAAGCUUGCGGACAAAUUGGUCUCCAUUGACUGGAAAAUUCCAGUCAAGGUAAAGGGAUUUGUUACAAAAAUGGAAGAGUGCAUGGGAGCUUGUGAUUGCAUUAUAUCUAAGGCUGGUCCUGGAACUAUUGCAGAAGCUAUGAUUCGUGGGCUCCCUAUAGUUUUAAAUGACUACAUUGCUGGCCAGGAAGCGGGGAACGUGCCAUAUGUGGUGAACAAUGGUUGCGGGAAAUUUUCUAAGGUUCCAAAAGAGAUAGCGAACAUUGUUUGUCAGUGGUUUGGACCGAGAAGAGAUGAACUGGAAGCAAUGUCUCGCAACUGCCUUAGGCUGGCUAAGCCUGAAGCUGUGUUUAAGAUUGUCCGCGAUAUGGAUGAGCUUCUCACUGAAAAAAGAUUUUCUCAUCAGUAUUGUGCAGCGUAAUUAUACUAUCUUUAACCGUGCUCAAAGUCCUGAUCAAUCAAUUAUCUUGCUGGAAUGGGAACACCCCGAGUUUGUCUCCAUGAAGAAUUUAUAUUUAGGGGUUAAUCUUUUAUAUGGUAAUGAUAUGUAUACAAACCUUGACAGAGCUCUACCAAGUUCCAUCUGAAUGAUUCAUGUAGAGCCCCAACAUACAGAAAUUGUUCAAUUUGUCUCUUUAUUUCAUAUUAUUCCAAUAAAGACUUUAUGAGCAAAAGUCGUUUUUGAGAAAUUUG